GUUCCAGGGGCCGCGAAAAAAGGAAACGUCGGCCAGGGUCCUGCGUUACCGGGACGACGGAAUGGGACACAGGGGAGUUUUGGUUGUUCUGGCCACGGCCGUCUUCCUCUGCCAUGCCGUGCCGGGGGAUGAGAAACAUGGGGGGUCUGACACUAAAUGUCCCCUAACCGUCAAAGUCCUGGACGCUGUGCGAGGGACGCCGGCUCCCGCAAUCACGUUGAGGGUCUACAGGAAGGCCACAGACGGUUCGUGGGCGGAGGUUACUCGCGGAGCCACCGAUGCGGCCGGCGAAGCUCACGGUCUGAUUGAUGAACAGAAUUUCACGCCGGGAGUUUACCGGGUGGAGUUUGAUACAAAGACAUAUUGGAAGGCGGAACGGCAGACGCCCUUCCACGAGCUGGCGGAUGUGGUGUUCCAGGCCCACGCGGACGGACAUCGUCACUACACACUGGCCUUGCUCCUCAGCCCUUUCUCCUACACAACAACCGCAGUCGUUACGAACGCUCACGAGUAACCGCAACACACAUAUUUUUAUUUCCCCCAUCUAGGAAGUAAAUGGUUAACAAUACCGCAUUUAGUCAGGUGCCCUGUACUGGGGCAAAAUGAAUAAUGAAAAUAAAAUGAUAAUGACCUGCUUAGAUGGGAGAGGAGAGGGCAAAACACUUCCAGCAAGGCCAACGUAGGCCAACAUAUCACAGAUUUGCUACAAGUAAAUAAAUGCGAAUUCAUUUUCAUAAAGAGACUGAAAUAGAAACUACGUAUGACACUAAAAGAGGCGACAUGGGUAUGUAUGCAGUUCUACCAUUUUAAAGCACCACUAUAACCUUCAUCUUGUCCUCGGGGUCUAAAAUGACUCUUUUCAGAUUUAACAGCAGUGAAACGCCCCUAAAAUUAAAUAUUUUCAGCAUGAAAUUUGAUUACUUUUCCCGGAGUGACCCGACCAUGAAAAAAGUAAGACAAUGUCAGUUUUAUAUUUUUAUAAAAUCAGUACAUCAGAGUACAAAUAUUGUCUUGAACCUUUUUUUUUUUUUUUUUUUAACCCUGCAGUAAUUCAGAAAUCAUAACCAUAAUGAAGCACCACACAUCUAUUACAUAUUUUUAAAAAUAUUGUUUUAGUAAAAACAAGAAGUGGGGACUUAAAGCAGUCUCUGCGCUGUGAUGGAAAAAAGUUAUUCACCGAUUUAUUGAUAAACAACAGGUUGUUUCUACAGGAAAAAUAUUUAGGGUUAAAAAUUUUAUUCAAGAGGCCUUAUCGCAGGGGGUCUAUCACAAGGAUGGGUUAUUUUUAACAGUGCAGACGCAGGCUGCAUGCAUAAUAUGAAGACAAUACAAGGGUUAAAAUCCUGUGAAGGUGCAACUAAAGGAAUUAUGGUUAUGACAGCCUGAUCACUUUUUCAGAUUUUCUUUUUUUUUUUUACUGUUGUACGAGUGCAUUUGUGUGACAUUACUUCAUAAGCACUAAAUAAAUUUUACGAUCGUCUAUGCAACUUCAA